GUGUGUACAAAGUGCAAAUGUGACGUGAUUCUCGGCGCCAUUAUGGAAAAUCUCCACCGAGACGGCGCGUUAUCGCUUUGUUCACUCUUUCUGCUUUAGUUUCUUGUUACAGAAUUCGAAGAACAAUGCAGGAUCAUGAAGAACGAUCUACCGCGCGAACGAUUUCGCAUAUCGUGUCUUUCGAACGAUGCGUCCUGGAGCUGAUAGCGAAUUCGUUGAACGCGCACGCCGCGGCAAUCGCGGUGAGACUUCAUGCGGGAAAACGGGAAAUUCAGGUUGUCGACAAUGGCGUCGGGAUACCGAAAGAUAUGCUGCAACGUAUCGCGGAAUACGAUUCAGAAGCCACGGAUGAUCAGCAACGAAUACACGAACCGUCCGAAUCGAACUGUCUGGCGGACAUCCGUCGUCUGUCCGAUCGUCUUACGAUCGCUUCCAGGUAUCAAUGCUCCAGGGAGACGUUUAUGAAGGAGUUUGACGCGGGACUUGCGUCCAGUUUACAGCAAAUAGAGCAGAGACCCUCGCGCGGCACGACGGUGUCCAUCUACGGCUUCCACGAAGUACCACCGCUCAAAAAGUGGGAUACAUCUACCAUUUGUUGUCUUACUGCAGCUAUAGCUGUUGCAAAGUUAAAAGUGUCGUUCUCGAUUAGAGACGAAGACCGGAAGAAGGUUGUCCUGAGAAUUGCGAAACCGCACAGCCCGGUCGAUGUCCUGAGAACAUUGUUCGGGAAAGAUAUGCCGUUGAAUCGCGUAUGGUCGAUAAAAUGCAGUCCCGAAUUCAGUGGGAAUUAUCACGGUUACGUGGGAUUGUCCGAAAAGAACGCGGUGCAGGGGAUAUUUUUUAAUCACAGGCCGAUCUGUUGCCCUCUUAUUCUGAAGUCGAUUAAAAUCGCCUUCAAAGAAAGGCUCAACUUGUUCUCCGACCAGGAGUCCAAUGCGCACGAUUCAUACGACGAUAAUAUGUUUAUCCUGUUCUUUCUUACGCUUCCACAGAAACAAUUCACGUCGAUUACCGAAAACGGGGAAAGAUGCAUCGUGUUUCAUGAUAUGCGAAAGAUAUUGAAUACCAUUAAGAACUGCGUCUUCAAAUGUCUCGCGCAGGAAGCUACAGUUUCUGCCGUUACUCCUGACUUAUGUAAAACGCAGCUGUUAAAGCGAUUGCACUUAAAACGAUUUUACUUAAAACGAUUAUACUUAAAGUCGGAAAAAUCUGUUUUCCUCAACGACAUCGAUGGGCGUAAAACUGUUAAAUCUUCGGUGAUAAAAAACAAAGUCGUUACGAUUGGCUGCAAGCGAAGGAAAAUUACGUCAACAAUUAUAACCAAUUAUCGCAACAAACAGCAUAAUAUUGAAAAGAUCAAGUAUUACAUAAAUAAGAGAAAAAAUAUAUUAAAGAGCAUUUACUGCCACGUUGCUUCUACAAAACGUACGAAUUUAUGUAAAGAUAAAAUUGUAAAUAAGAUGCACAAUAGCGUUGAGAAAAUGCAGGAGAGCUCCACGAAUCUUUGCACAGUAGAUAAAUCUGGUAAGGCUUACAAUUUUCACGAUGACAGUGACAACAAUGUCGUAAACGUGAUUUCUCCUCUUUCCGAAUGGUCGAACUGGACUUAUUACACGAAUAACAAAAAACGCGAUCCCGUGAGCAAAAGGAAUGAUAUAUUUGCCGAAAAUAACAUGCGUUUCCGACAGUGUUUCGAAUCUAACAAUCAGUUCGAUUUCCUGCCACGAAAAUUGUACGGUCUUCUACGUCGUCAUGACAAAUUAACAAAUGUAAAAUGCUUUAGCAGUCCCAACGAUACGAUUCCGUUUACAGAAAAUCGGCACCGUGAACAAAUAGCGGUACACCCUUGCAAGUUAAAGCGAAAAUUAUCCGAGUUUAGAUUGUCAAGAGAGUCAUUAAAGUGCAUAAAAGUCAUUAAUCAAGUUAAUGAUGAAUUUAUCGCCGCGUGGAUGGCGUACGAUGAUAUGAAGAUUCUAUUAAUGAUCGAUCAACAUGCCAUCCAUGAAAGAAUACGUUACGAGCAAUUACUUCUUAGAUACAACGUGCAGAACGAGAGCGAGUUGCUCUCUGUUAAUUUGCGUGAUCCUCUAUCCAUGGAAUUUCCUACAGAAACGUACAAUUUACUCUUGCGCAAUCAAAUGUGGUUGAGAAAAUACGGCAUAAGUUUGGGAUCGUCGAAGGAAAACACAAUUUUGAUACGCACGAUACCGCAAUGUUUAGUUACGACUAGCGAUCCAUGCAAAACCGAAAAGAUAUUGCCAAGAAUCUACAGUUUGUUAAACGAAGUACUAAAGAAUCGCAGUAUAACAAGUCAAGCAAACGCAUUACCGUUAACCAUUCAUAAUGCUAUAGCAUCGGAGGCUUGCCAUGGUGCCAUUAAGUUCGGUGAUAAGCUAACUUUGGAGCAGUGUUCGAGUCUAGUAAAAUUAUUGAAACAUACGAGAUUCCCCAAUCGUUGCGCACAUGGACGACCGACCGUGAUACCUCUGAUGGAAUUUUCGGAAUUAGGAAAGAGGAGCGCCAGAAUACCCGAGGUACGCAUCGUUGUUGUGUCCCUUCAGAUUUUAUUACGAUCUAUUAAAUUUUAUAGGAUCAGAAAAGUGUAUCGUGAGAAUUAUUAAAUAUUUCGCUGACUAAUAAUUAUACAAAUUUUAGAAAAAAUUGAACUUCUCAUCCUUGAAGCGAACUGCCUCAUUGGAAUAAAAGGC